CGAUACGAAGAAAUUAAGACGAGAGACGCGAUAGAAAGAGUGCGUCUUCUUCUUCUUCUUUCUUUUGUGUUUGUAAAACCCUAAGAAAAACACCCAAAAAUCAAACCGAUCUCCUCCUGUUUCUCUCUCUCUCUUGAUUCCAUCUUUAGUCAAUCAAACCCUGAUUCUUGAGCUUUCUUUUUCCCAAGACUUGUUGAUCUUGUGAUCAAUCGAUCGGUUUUCAUUUUCAUUUUCCAAUUUCAUUAUUUUCAUCAUUUCUUGAAAACAACCCCCCUACUUUUUUCAAGAUCUUUUGGUGGGACUUGUUAAAUUACUUUCGAAAUUUUUGAUGAAAUACAAAAAGGGUUUUUGAUUUUGGAUUUUGUUUGUGAUUUUUCAAAAAAUUGGGCAAGGCUGGCGGGUGUCGAGGACGUGUAAUGGCGGAUCCGCCUGGUGUCCGCCAAGUUUUCUUGCUCGAAUUCGUUAUCGUCGCCGGAGUUUUCUUUUCAUCGUCGUUGUUUAUUGAAUUAGGGUUAGGUUAUUUUGACGUCAGAAGAAGAAGAAGUUGUUGUGAUUAAAAAGCAUGCUGAGCGUGCUGAGAGUGCACCUCCCGUCCGAUAUUCCGAUUGUGGGCUGCGAGCUUUCGCCCUACGUGCUUGUCCGCCGUCCCGACCAGACUGUCUUUACCGACGAUGUACCUGAAUCUUCACCUAUCGAGGGCCAUUUCUUGAGAUAUAAGUGGUACCGUAUUCAAAGCGACAAAAAAGUUGCUAUCUGUAGUGUACAUCCAUCCGAGCAAGCCACUUUGCAGUGCUUAGGAUGUGUUAAAGCCAAGAUACCCGUUGCGAAAAGCUACCAUUGCUCUCCUAAAUGUUUUUCUGAUGCAUGGCAACACCAUCGUGUUCUUCAUGAACGUGCUGCUAGUGCCGUUAAUGAAAAUGGAAACGAGGAGGAAGAGAUAUUUGGACGGUUUAAUAAUAAUGCCACAUCUAAUGCAAGCUUAUCCAGUUCGCAAUCACUCCCCAGCCUUGCAAAUGGGGCAACGCCUUUAUAUCCUGCCGCGGCGACACAAAGGAGUGGCGGCGAAACUUGGUUUGAAGUCGGACGUUCGAAAACGUACACACCAACGGCUGACGAUAUUGGCCAUGUUCUUAAGUUUGAAUGUGUCGUGGUGGAUGCUGAAACGAAAUCACCCAUUGGACAUGGAAGCACGAUAUUAACUUCUCGUGUGAUUCCGGCUCCCUCCCCAAGUCCAAGGCGAUUGAUUUCCGUCAGCAAUGUUGAUGUGGCAGGGCAUUUGGAUGUAGAUGGGCGGUCUUCGUCCACCGGGACUUUUACCGUGCUCUCUUAUAACAUUUUAUCCGAUUCAUAUGCCACGAGUGAGUUGUAUGGUUAUUGCCCUUCCUGGGCUCUUUCUUGGCCUUACCGCAGACAAAAUUUGUUACGGGAAAUUGUUGGCUACCGGGCAGAUAUUGUUUGUCUUCAAGAGGUUCAAAGUGAUCACUUUGAGGAAUUUUUCGCCCCUGAGCUGGAUAAACACGGGUAUCAGGCUCUAUAUAAGAAGAAAACAGCUGAGGUUUUUAACGGAAGUAUCAUGACUAUUGAUGGAUGUGCUACGUUCUUCCGCAGAGAUAGAUUUUCACACGUUAAAAAAUACGAGGUUGAGUUUAAUAAAGCUGCACAAUCUUUAACCGAUGCUUUGGUUCCUAGCGCUCAGAAGAAAACGGCUCUAAAUCGGUUGGUUAAGGAUAAUGUUGCAUUGAUUGUCGUUUUAGAAGCAAAGUUCAGUAACCAUGGUGUUGAUAAUCCAGGAAAGCGCCAACUUGUUUGUGUGGCAAAUACCCACGUGAACGUUCAACAAGAUCUAAAGGAUGUCAAACUAUGGCAGGUUCAUACUCUGUUAAAAGGUUUGGAAAAGAUAGCUGCUAGUGCAGAUAUACCAAUGCUGGUCUGUGGGGAUUUUAAUUCGGUUCCCGGAAGUGCUCCUCAUGCCCUUUUGGCAAUUGGGAAAGUUGAUCCAAUGCAUCCAGAUUUAGCAGUAGACCCUCUUGGAAUUCUGCGACCUGCCACGAAACUAACCCACUCUCUGCCCUUGGUUAGUGCGUACUCGUCUUUUGCAAGAAUCGGGGUUGGUCUUGGUUAUGAGCAACAAAAGAGGAGAGUGGAUCCUGCUACAAACGAACCAUUAUUUACAAAUUGCACACGAGACUUCAUUGGUACCCUUGAUUAUAUAUUUUACUCGGCGGACAGCUUGACUGUAGAAUCGUUGUUGGAGCUUUUGGACGAGGAUAGUUUGAGGAAAGACACCGCGCUUCCUUCUCCAGAAUGGUCCUCUGAUCACAUUGCACUCUUGGCUGAAUUUCGGUGCAAGCCACGAACACGACGUUGAUUUAUUUUAGGUUUGGUCGAAACGGGAAAACUUUGGAGAUAGAAGAAGCAAAGAGAAAGCAAUGGACAAAAGACAAGUUAAAAAGACUGUAAGAAAGAACAGUAGAUGGAUAGCCCCAUUUGAAGGAACUAUUAUGUAUCAUGCUAUUUUUACCCUUUUCCCAUAGAAUUUUUUUUUAUCUCGUCUCAUUCCUCUUCUUUCUUUUAAUAGAAAGAUAAUUCAAACGAUAUCUGGGGUUCGAUAUAAUAACUUAUAAAUCGAGUUUAAAUGUUUGUAUG